AUGACUUCAGAGGAGACGAUGAAGGCCGUUGUAUUCAAGGGCAAGCUGCAAAUUGCGAUUGAGGAUAGACCCAUUCCCAAAAUCCAAGAUCCCAAGGACAUCAUUGUCAAAGUCAGGUACUCUGCGCUUUGUGGAAGUGAACUUCAUGUCUUUCGAGGCCACCAGCCUUCGGGCACUGGCUUCAUCAUGGGCCAUGAGUUUACCGGAGAGGUUGUCGAGACGGGUUCCGACGUCAAAUCGGUGAAAAAGGGCGAUAAGAUCGUCACGCCCUUUACCACCAACUGCGGAGAAUGCUUCUACUGUAAGAGAGGAUUCUCAUCGCGUUGCGAGAAGAGCCAACUGUUCGGAUCGGCGACGCUCGACGGCGGGCAAGCAGAAUAUUGUCGAAUCCCGCAGGCGGACAGCACCGUCAUCAAGGCGCCCCCAAGUAUUCAGGAGAAUAAGCUUGUGCUGAUGGCCGACAUCUUUCCGACUGGGUAUUUUGCCGCUGCCAACGCUUUCCGGGGGCUGGACCAGGAAGUGAUAUCGCAGAGCGUCGUCCUCCUCAUUGGCUGUGGACCAGUUGGUCUAUGUUCGCUUGUCUGCGCACUCGAGUUCAAACCCAAGGCUAUCCUCGCCAUCGACGGCGUGGAGGCUCGUUUAGAGCAGGCUCGAAAGCUCGGCGCGGAACCGUGGAACUACCAAACCGACAAGGAGGGGUUGAAGAAGCGUGUGUUGGAGCUCUCGGAGGGAAGGGGAGCAGACACGGCAAUCGAGCUGGUCGGCCAAAGCAGUGCGUUGGCCUUGGCCUUUGAACUCCUGAGGCCGUGGGGCAACAUUUCUAGCAUCGGGGUUCACAACGGCGAGAUUCCAUGGAACGGCAACCAGGCGUACGCGAAGAACUUGAGGAUUCAGAUGGGCAGAUGUCCGGUUCGCAGCCUCUUCGAAGAGGCCUUGGCCGUUCUGGAGAAGAAACAGGACCAGCUGGACUUCCUGACUGACAACAUCAAGCCUCUUUCGGAAGCGGCCAAGUGGUACGACGAGUUCAACAACAUGAGAGUUCAAAAGGUGGUGUUUGAGGCGGACAAAUGA